AUGCAGAUGAGCAAGUUGGUUGUGGAUUCUUUCGACGGCGUUCCAUUUUCCCAUUCAGUAAUGGGAAGGGAGCUUUGCAUGGCAAAUAUCAACAUUGGUGGCGUGAGCUUGGUGUUGGGGACAAGCCACCUAGAGAGCCCGAGCCCGCCUCCUCGGUUGCGGAGCAACGAGCGAGUCGCUCAGGCAAAGGAGUCCCUCAUGUUGUUGGGAGGAAGAGGAUCCAGCAACAUGAUAUUCUGCGGGGACAUGAACUGGGACGAGAAGACAGACGGGCCCUUCCCUCUGCCGGACGGCUGGGUUGACGCCUGGGCUGAGCUGAAGCCGGGUGAAGAUGGCUGGACGUACGACACGUUGGCCAACGCCAUGCUGUCUAAAGGUUCCAAGAAACUACAGCUGAGGCUGGAUCGGUUCGUGUGCAAGCUGCCGGAUUUCGAGGUCCAAGGCAUCGAGAUGGUUGGGAAGGACCCUAUACCCGGCGUCUCGUACGUGAAGGUGGAUGUAGCCCGCUGGAAGAUUAAGGAGAAGGUCUACCGGCAGCGUCGCGAGCGGAUGCUGCCUGUGCUGCCCAGCGACCACUUUGGGCUCGUCUUGACGAUCACCCCUAGGGCUGGAAGCAGUGCUUCGUCAGAGUAAGUGUUGAUCGUGUGUGUAGCAGUUACAAUGUAUCGUGGGGCUGGACGUCGUAGCCUGCAGUGUCGCCCACUUUUGUCUAGUAGAAAUGUAGAACCGUAGCGUCUAUGGAUGGUCAGGUACUAUGAAUUAGGUGGAUGAGGAAUGGAUGCUCUGUGCUCCACCCCAUUGCCAUGGAUUGCUCCCAAUUUUCUGAAACUUUGAAAGAGGAGGCAUUGGGUGGCAAGAUAAAAGAU